CGCCCGCCUGCGCGACUCCCGCGGGAGAACCAAAGGCAAUUCCCGGCCGCCCCGCGGGAGUUAUAGUCGCCUCGUUCUUCACCCCUUCCGGAGGCGUGUCUGCUCAAUCAAGUCAAAUAGUGAACACCUUCCUGGCGGAGAGGCUGAGAAUUGUAUACUUGCUUGCUUUAAAGCAUCCCAAAUAAGAUGAUCCACUCCAACACCUCCCUUUUACAGGUUUUAAAAUACUCUGAUAACUAUGCCUGAAAACGAGACAGUUUCCUCUUCUUCCACUAGAGAUGAUCAAACCAAUACAGGUUUAACAUGUCAGAAAGUAAAGGCUCUCAGAGAAAAGGCAUGGUCAAGGACAAAUGAAGGCAAUGCCACAUCUCAAAGUUUGGUUCUAUGUGGAGCCUCUAAGGAGAACAGUGAAAGUUGUCAUGAAAGUAAAAUGACAAAUACUGAAGGGGUGAAUAAAGGCAUUUACUUUAGCUACCCAUGCCGACGUCACAGCUGUGCUGUAGUAAACAUCCCAGCACCUUGUGUCAACAAAAUGAUUUCACACAUCCAAGAUGUGGAGUCCAAAAUACAGGAGCAUUUGAAAAGGUUUGAAACUUCUUUUGAAGAAUGGAGCAGAACUUCCACAAAAGACCUGAAAGAAGAUUGGAGUGUAGCUACACCAGUGAAAGAGGUCAAACUAGAAGAAAAGAGAGAUGAAAAGUGUCCAGAGUUAAAGCAGGAAAUGGAAACAUUGCUCUCAGAGGCCGUUCAUCUCAUUAAAAGUCUAGAAACUGACCGGGCAGAAGCUGAAGCAGCUUUAAAACGACAAAGAUCAAGAAAGAGCAUGAUUAACUUGAAAAUUGACUCUUGGUCAGUCUGGAAACUUCAACAUCUCCCAUUGGCUGUGCAGAAAGAACACGAGGCCUAUUUGAGAGAUGUUAUAGAGUUACAAUGGCAUCUUGAAGAUAAAGUUAAUCAACUAGAACAUUUUGAAAAACAAAAGACGGAGUUAGAAGAAGCAAAUGCAAAGGUUCAAGCAGACAUAGACUACAUGAAUGAACAUGACCCUCUACUGGACUCUAAGCGGAAUCAGGAACUUCAAGAUCUGAAGAACCACUAUAAAAAAAAAAAGGAGGUAAUGGACCUACACAGAAAAGUUUGUGAAGAACUUGAAGAAGCUUUAGAAGCCUGUGAAAAUGCCAGACUGAAGGCUCAGCAAAUUAAAGAAGGGAUGGAUAAAGAAAUUUACCAGGAUGAAAAAAGCAUAGAGGCUUACAAGAGAGAAAUGUAUCAACUUAACAGUCUAUUUGAUCAUUACUCUUCAUCAGUGAUAAAUGUUAAUACUAAUAUUGAGGAGAAGGAAGAGGAAGUGACUGAAGCAAUAAGGGAAACAAAGUCAUCAAAAAAUGAAUUACGUUCUCUUUCUAAAACGCUGGAAGAUUUGAGAAGAGUUUAUGACCAACUAAUCUGGAAGCAAAAAAGUCAUGAAAAUCAGUAUCAGGAAGCAGUUAAUAAUUUUUAUGCUGCAAAAAAAACAUGGGAUAUUGAGCUUUCUGAUGUUGCAAAAGAUUUUUCAGCCAUUUCUUUGGCAUGUACAAAAGUGAUGGAAGACAAUAAAAAACUUGGGAAUGAUAUUAACAAAGUAACAGAACAAAUCAAUGAAAGUAUAAGGAAAAAAUCACAAUAUGAAUCUGAAAUAAAAUCUUUGACAAUGAUGAAGUUAAAGAAUGAGAAACGUCUCAAGAGCAUCUAUAGGGAGGCUUAUCGCAUUGGUACUGUUUUCCACCUAACCAAACACAAGACAGAUGAAAUGGAAGAUAAAAUAGCAGAAGUGAAAAGAAAGUUCAAGGGUAGAGAAGAAUUCCUGAAAAAACUCACUCGAGGUGAAGUGGCUGCUGGAAUGGUGCUUCAGAAAAAACUGUAUUCCAUUUAUGAAGUCCAGGCACUUGAGCGGAAAGAACUUAUGAAAAAUAGAGCAAUAUGUGCCAUAUCACUGGCAGAACUACAGGAACCUCUGCUUCAACUAGAAGAUGAAGCUGAAAGAAUCAGAACUCUCUACAAAGAACAUUCUGCUGUACUUAAUAAUAUACUUGAUCAGAAAGAUUUUAUUAGAAGAAAGGUGGAAAAAGUAAAGAAAAAAUUACGAAAAAAGGGGAAGAAAACACUUGAUGCACUAAUAGAAACUGAGAGUAAACGCUCAGCAAUUUUUAAAGACUUAGAAACAACUAAAAGUAAGACAAUGAUUUUUUAUGCAAAAAUAAAUGAAUUGAAUGAGGAAUUAAAAGCAAAAGAAGAAGAAAAGAAAAGUUUUGAUCAGAUACUUGAAGUGUUAAAGAACAAAUUUGUAACUAUGAGAUUUAAAAGGGAACAUGCACAAGCUGUGUUCGAUCAUUAUAUGCAAGAGAAAAAAGACUGUGAAGAGAGAAUCUUUGAGGAAGAUCAGAGAUUUAGAGUGCUCCUUGCUGUGAGACAAAAAACUCUUCGAGAUACCCAAAAAAUAGUAGCUGAUUCACUUGAAGAA